AUUCUUAUUUUGUCACUCAGUUAUAAUACAUAUACCCUAUGUAUUAUAAGUACCAUAUUGCGAAUACAUUCCUAUUGGUUCGACACAGUACCAGCUCCCUCAUAGGUAUAUACACAUACCUUGGAAGAUAAAAUAAAAAACCUUCAGCAUGGUUCGGAUUCACUCGCAAGCAUCUUCUCACAAUCAUGAAAUACUCCCCCAGUAAUUCAUCAAAGUGGGUUGCAGUUGAGGUCCAGUCAUGCACAAUACCAUUAGCAUACGAGAAUAGAAGGGACGUGAUCAAUACGAUUCUUAGUUUACAUCAGUUUCAGUCGAUACUUGAAGAACAGAUGAAGGUUUAUGACAGAUUGGCGGAUGAAAGACUUGGAUUCACGAUAGUUAAAGAAGAAGGCAUGGUCCGAUAUUGCAACCAUUUCUUUAACGCUAAUGAUUAA